AAGUUACAUUACCUAUAGUGGUUUUUGUGGGUGUUGUAAAACGUAGGUUAUACUUCAAUUCCCGACAGCGGUGGUUUCGCUCGAGGUUCUCCAAAUCAAGAUGAACGGCUAUCUUCUGUACAUUUUGCCAUUGCUCACCUUACCAAACAUGGUUAUGGCCAUCACCUGCUACACUUGCACACCAAACCCACCGACACUGGCAUGCACAACAGCGGGUGAUUUGAAUGUCACCGAUUGUGACGCAGAUCCAAACAUACCAUCAGGCAUGGCAAACGUAUGCACCAAAGUGUUGGCAGUUGUGAAAAUGGGACAAAUGGGGCAACUGAAUGCGAAUAUGUUUGGCUGCGGGAUGAAGGCAAUGUGCCAAGACUCACAGGCAAAGGGUUGCAAUGCCUCGCGACUGCCAUCUGGAAUGACCUAUGAAAAAUGCGAAGCCACGUGCUGUGAUCAGAACAAGUGUAAUGGGCUUGGAGACAGUACCUCAGCCACACCAAGUAGCCCGGCAACCAGUGUUUCUGCACAACCUACGAACGUUUCUGCCACAGGAACCCCACCAAAACCUGCCAGCGGUGCUACCGCAUACAACAAAGUUGUAUCAUUCGCCACCAUCUUAACAAGCGCACUUUGUUUUGUUUACUGACUUAAGCAGUAAUCAUACUGUAAGAGUGCUGUUACCAUGUUUGGUAGGAGCUAGAAUGUGUUUGUUUUGGUUUGUUUUUUUCACUAUUUAAAGUUUCGUAGCCGAUCAAAUUUCCCUUUUUUUUGCAAUUACUCUACAUACACUAUAAGUGAAUGAAGUGACCUGCCGCUGGAUUCCUGCCAGCAUUAGAGUAGGACAAUUUCAGUUAAUCGCAUGGGACUGUUUUUAUUGUUAAACGCUAUAUAGAACAGAGUGAAUUAUCCGUGGUUUUUGAGUAGAUAGAACACAGAUUUCUAAAAGUCAACGAUAUAUUCUGAACUGCAAUAGGAAAAGGAUUGAGCGAAAAUUUCUGACCAAGUUGUUCGCUUAGAAAAGUUUUAUGUAACUGAAAUGGCUUUGGUAUCUGCGUCUGUUGAGGACGUUUAGUUUCAGAAAGGUUCAUUUUUCAAUAGAUAGAUAAUCAAAGUAAUAAAGAUUUGGGAAUUGGGACGUAUUGUUUCCUUAGACAGAUUUUCGGUUUGAUAUGGGACCUGCUGAUAAUAAUACAGUUUUCAUUUUAGCUACUAUUCUUUUGGCCUGGUCGGAAUUCUUAAUUUUAUCUUGAAUCUCAGAUUAUUUUUGUAAACUACCCAGUAAUUUUCCCCACGUAACAGUACGUAACCUGCCUCGCAAGUGAGUCAUUCCAUCUGCUAUUGGUACGAAAUGUUUACUUAAACGGGCAACCUCUUUCACUCGGGUUUUAUGGUAAUGGGUUGAAAAGGUUUUAGAGAAAUAAUUUACGUCAAUUACCCGGUUUGGCGCCACUAUGACAAAAAGCAAAGUAUUUUCAGUCCGCGACACAAACAUCUUUGGCGAUGGUGAUGACAUCAAUGCAAAAGGGGACGGCAGGAAGACAUCAAGCCAGGUUGUUUGGUCUAUUAAAUCUACAUACUCCUAAUUACGAAAGUCUGUUAUGGAAAAUAGCAGAAAGCAAGUAAUAAACAAAAAGUAAAACCCAAA